GCAGAAGCAGCAGCGCACUAGUACACUAGUGAGUGACGGUGGAUUACGGAACCCGAAGGGAAAAAAAAAGCAAAUGAUGGCGGCUAGAAUGUGUAUUUACCUUGGUGCCUUGGUGAUGCUUCACGUGGGAUCUGCUGAACAUGGUAACGAGCACACUGCGCAACCGAUACCGGAACGUGACCUGGAUUUCAUCAGCCACGCGCCCACGAUUGCUCCAAAGGGCUCCAACUCCACGUCUACUGGCAACAGCGCAGCCACACACUGGGAAAAGUCCAGUGCGGUGCCGCAACCGAGCAGAGAGAACGCAACCAACCUGAAGGUAACCUCAGCGACAUCCAUCCCAGAAAAGAGCAUCAAGCCUUCUGUUCCCCCGACGUUGACCUUCCGAGCCCCCAACACAACAAGUCCUCACAGCCCCUCCAACACAACCCACAGCAGCACUACUUCGCACCAACCGCCAGAGCCAGUUCCUGUCUCCACUGUGGCAUCAAACCGGACAGCUUUGGAAACGCAUCCUCCCGCUACCUCCCCCUUGUCACGCAUCGUGCCACAUAAAACCACCACGACGACUCAGCAAUCUACCGCGUCCACUCCCGCCACGACGACGCAGCAAUCUACCACGUCCACUCCCGCCACGACCCCCGCCGACACAAGGACCCCAUUAACAACUAGCUCCUCCCGAGAGACCUCCACCUCUCGGCCGACGACCCUCACGUCACUGCAGACAAGCUCCGGCCGAGCCACCGUGCUGACCACCGUCGCCCCGCCAGGCCUCACAUCCACCCAAGCCAAACUGCAUCCGGACACCCCGUCGCAGCUCAACGUCAAGGGUGACACCAUCAUGGUCCACGACUCCCCGAAGUUGGAUCCCCUGCUGGCCGGCCUGGUGUCGGCCUUCAUCAUCAGCGCUGCAGUCAUCACCCUGCUCCUCUUCCUCAAACUGCGACGACGAGACAACAGGCCAGAGUUCCGCCGGCUGCAGGACUUGCCCAUGGAUGACAUGAUGGAGGAAACACCUUUGUCCAUGUACAGCUACUGAUACUGGAUGCAAAGCCAAAAAAAAUUACCCCCCCCCCCCCCACCCAAUGGAACAAAAGCCUCCUUUCUUCAAGGGUGAUGAUAUUUGCCAUGAUUCAACUAUCGGGUCUGUCUUCUUGUGAGUCUUGGUCCUGAAGAAUCCAGCUUUUGUGCGACCACAAAAAAGUGGCGUGGGUAACUACUAUUUUAUCCAGGUCCGAUGGCGGCUGUGACGUAAUACACGGACGUCACCCAUGUCAAGUUCCGUGUCAAAUUGUGUCUGCACCAAAUGAACCCACGCUUCACUGCAUUUACCGUAUUUCCUCCCAUAGUGGUCCAGUGAUUAAUAAAAAAUAAACCUCUUGGCGAAAUAGAAUAGUCAGUGCAAUUAUCUGUUUGUAGAUAUUAAACAGUUGAACUUGGCCACUAACCAAAACAGCAGCACCUACUGAGAAACUUCAAGUCUCUCAGCUAGACUAAAAUAUGUCAUGCCAUAUGUCUGGCUCACUAGGCAGUAUUUACGUUAUGUGGCGAAGGAGUAACAAUGUUUAAUAUUGUCUCAAAAGUGAUUUCGUGUACAAAUAAAAACCAGCAAUCUGCAGUUGGGUAAAUAGACACUGACGCCCACUAUUUUGAGGAAGUACAGUAAUCUUAUUAUUAAAAGCUCGAUGACUCACAGCCACAAAAGAACAUAAACGGCCUGAUUAUACUUUCAAUGAGGUUGCACUUUAUUUUCAUUUGUUUUCUUCAGUUUCUGAUAAAAGUUGUUUGCGGAGGCGUGCAGACAAAAAGUUUUGUGUGCAUUUUUAAAUGUCUGAGUGUGUAUUUUAUAAAUUAGCAUAUGUUCUCGAGUUAUUUCAUGCAUACACUCGUAGGCCGAGUCAUUAAGUACGCCGAUAAGAUCAUCACGAGACGUGCAUGUCACAUUCUACCCGCAAAGGUAAUUCUCCAAUUAGAUUGAGCGGUCGUACCUAAUGAAGGGUCUAGUUUGUGUUCAAUUACAUUAUUGUUGGGAUUCCCCCCCGUUACAAUCCAGGUAAGAGUGCCUUUUAAACAGUUACAGUCAUGUAUUUCCCAUGACGUGAACAUACGGCUGGAGCAGUGGCCUUUUUGAAGUGUUCAUAUUGUAAAUACUAGUGAUGUUGAGUGCGUGGAUUAAUUUAUAAACACUCCAAAAAAAAAAAAGACGCAUUCCCCUUUGCGAUGAAUCGUUGUGGAAAUCCACAUUUGAAAAUGAUGUCCUUGUGUUUAUCUUUUGAAGUGUCAAAUGCAUCAUCGUUGCAUUGUGAGGCUUUGCUGGUCAAUGUUGACUAUGGACUAUUAUUAUUAUUAUUCCUAUUAAAAAGGUAUUUGAGAUGUAUCUCUGUGUUUUCUUUCUUUGUCAGUGUUGACAUAGCAGGCAUUUGUGUUCAUGUGCUAUAUAAAGACAAUACAGUCGUGUUUGUAGUGCUGCCCAAAAGAGGAAAAUUCUUUUAUGGGCACUUGCAUUAUUUUCUCCUCACUCUCUGCUUCUGCAAGUAGAAGCAAGCAACCAGCCGGGAACAAAUCCAGCCCAUUGUUACACAUGCACUCACCAGCAAGAUCCUCCCCACUGUGAUGUAUACACUUGAGAUCAAACCGACCAGUCCACCAAGCAACGCUGAUUACGUGAUGGCCAAAUGCAGUGCGGACCUCACACACUUGCAUACGAGAGUGAGCCUGCUGCCACGCAUACAUCGCUGGCGGCAUGACCAGAGAUGGCCAAACCUUCGGCGGUACGUCAGCACUUGCGGGAGAGAUCUGGUGCACUGAUAUAUACGCUGGUGAGACACAAAUUGCCAGUGAGAGGACCUGCCUAAUGUUACAAUCGUUGGCUGAAUUGAAACCGGUGUCAAGCAUACACGAGAUCAGGGUCGCCCAGACUUUUUUACCCCAAGAUCUACUUCUCAAGCAGCCAGCCAAUUGCAAGCUACCGGUGACGGGGGUUAUGAUGAUGACGCUCCCAAACCGUUUUAAGGUUAAUGUUACGUUGCCUUUUAUGUUUAAAAUACAGAAUGCGCUUGUUGUGCACUGUAUUGUCUGCGCUUUCAUCCUGGAUCAGGCUGCGCCAAGGUGGAAUUUUGAAAUGACACACCAUCUCAUCCUGCACUUUCUAUUAUGGCUUUAGACCAGAUGUUUCCCACUCGGAAAAGAAGAAAUCCCGUCCAGUUUAACCACUUUUUAGUCGAUUAUUCACAUGCUCCGACAGUCAUUGCAUCUUAAAACAACAGCAUUUCUUAUUUAAC